CUGCAAUUGUUAAUAGCCGUUUCAACGGUAAGGUCAGUGCUUAUCCGUAAGCUAGUGGCGGUUAAACGCUAUCCAGAUGUCAGCAACCCUACCUGAUAAAGCGAACUGCUACUCAUCCCCGCUAAGCAAUCCCCAUGAGGCUAACAUGGCAGACUCAUGGCACACGAUGGAAGCCACAGAAAGCCCUUACAUGGCGACUUAAGCCACACCGUGAAUUCGUCGCACGGGCAGUAGCUAGGGACCCUGUCGUGCAGCUGCUUGACUCCUUUUGGAAAGCGCGUGGUGUGUUGGACCCAGCACGACGCAAGCUGCUCGUUGAUGCAGCAGAUGCCCUAAGCGAAGAGGGUGCGCUCCGUCCGCUGGACUCCGCCCCCCUGCCCGCUGACGCGCCCUUGCCCGGCCUCACUGCCGCCUGGCAGCUGGAGCAGUCCGCUCCCGAGGUCCGGAGGGUAUCUCGACGGCUUGUGGCGCUGCAGCAGCUGCUAGGUGGAUGUGGAGGUAACACCGGGGCCGUUGCAGGCGGCAGCAGCGCAAGUAGCAGCAGCAGCUGGACUCGUCAUGGCAGCAGCAGCAGCAGGAGCAGUAGUGAUGCAGGCCGCGGGGAUGUGGAUUUGGUUUGGAUGGUUGUGCGGGAGCCCCGACUGCUAACAGCUGACAUGACGGAGAUCACACGGCGCCUCCUGGACAUGAAGGUAGCCACGUACGGCACAUCCGUGGACGUUCUCGCGGUGGUUGAAGCCCAACCGUCGCUAUUUUUCAGCGACCGUUGGCAGUUGGACCUCGAAUCCUUACAGGCUGCCCCCGACAGCCGCAUGGACAGUCCCCCCUCCUCGUCUUUCUCCUCUAGUGGCUUUAGAGUCCCCGAAACCACCUCCACGACCGCCUCCACUGCCGCCGCUGCUGCUGCUGCCCCAGCCGCCCGUUCCGAUGCCGUCACCUUCCCCGAGGUGGCGUCAUGCACCGCCUCAAAUAGCAACCCGCCCGACAUGCAUGCAAGGCUGAGCACCGCGGAUGGAGAGGGGCUGUGGAGGCCAGGACUGGAGUGUUACAACAGAGGGGCGGAGGCGGCAGCCGCAGCGGUGGUGGGGGCGGUGGCGGAGGCGAUGGCAGGCGGAGGAAUUCCAGCAAGCACGGGAGCCGCUGACAUGACAGCGGAUGCAAAGGGUGACGAAGCAGCUGCGCCUACGGCACCGUAUGGCAGUGGCGGUGGAGGCAGUACGGCAGCAUUCGGCAGCGGUGCCAAGGGCAGCAACAGUAACGGCGUCCGUGUUGGUACGCGUACGGCAGGCCGGCAGCAUGGUCAUGUCGUACCGGCGGACGGAGAACCGGAGGCAGCAGCCGUGGCCACGCAGCAGCAGGAGCAGUCCUCGUCAGCAUCAGGGGUUCAUGCCGUACAAGCUGAGGCUGCCGUACAGGCACCAGCAGGUACAGCCGUACAGCGGUUGGUGCAGGCGUGGCAGUACGGCGUGGCCUCAGAUAGCGACGAGGAAUGGGCCCUACGCCUGGCCCAGCUGUCGUCCUACGUGGGUGAGCACGGGGACGCGUGUGUGGGUUUCAGGCAGGGUGACGACCCGCAGUUGGGCCGCUGGGCCGCGAAGCAGCGAGCCGACUGGAGGCGGGGACAGCUGGGGGAGAGGCGGCUCUCCCAGCUCUCAGCGCUGGGGUUCCUGUUCGACUCCGAGGAGGCGGAGUGGGUCCGCUGGUGGCGCGAACUGGCGGCGGCGGCAGGGAGGCAGCAGUGGCAGGGGAAGGAUGAGGAUGGGCGGCAGGGGGAGGAGCAGCAGGGACCGCAGCAGCGGCGGGAGGAGUUGGAGCAGCGGCAUGUGGACCUCCUCAGCACGGCAGGCGGCGCAGCGACGCAACCAGACAUGCUGUACCUGGUGAAUUGGUGCUCCGUCCAGCGCAUUGCGAGGAGAAGCGGGGUGCUGCCCGAAUCUCGGAUCCGGCGGUUGGACGAGCUUGGAUUCGAUUGGAGCGGCGCAGAUCCGCUGUCUUGAUCUUGCCUGGUUGUCUUGUGAGGGGUGCCGGAGAGAUGCCGCCGGAGAGCGCGAGAGGUUAUGCGGCUGGCGUUUUAGUGAAUGGGUCGGGCGGUAUAAUGGGCAACCGUAUUAUGGCAACCCGCGUUGACGGCCUUCCACAGGCUUGUCCAGCUGCAUCCAGAGACGAAGGGGCGGACAUGCUUGGACUUGCAUGCAUGCAUGAUGGGUACAGCUUGCAAGGCUCUGCGUGACCCGUGGGUCACAUGUGCUAGCGCAGUUCCGUUUUUUGUGAACAACACUACUGUUCGUGCAGGUGUCGCAUACAUGCAGUUCAGGUCAUGUGCACGCAGGUUGCAUAUCGCUGAACGGUUGUACGCUCCCCAGUUAAGGAUGCAGCAGGCGAAGCAGCACGUUGCCUGGAAGGGUCGUAGUUAUGAAGGUGUCCUUACAUACCGGCAGUACCGUUGUAAAUUGACCAUUUAAUUGGCCAGGGUCAGGAACAAAAAUAGCUCUCUCGUUUUUAUACUAUAAUCCAGUCUGCGUGUCAUUUCCUCCACAGGAAGUGUAUCGUUUAUCGCUUUCCCUUCCACCACCCCUUGACAACCCCGACAGCACACAACCAAACCACUAACACAAGCAAAGCUUACUAUUAAGAAGCAAAGGCAAAGUGCCGUUCCUGGUACACACUGCAUGCUCUUCCAGACACACACAAAGAGACCUCGCCACCCCGCAUGCAUGCGCUAUUAAUUGUUGCAGUCGACUGAAUGGUUGUCCCAAGCCACAUGCAGCUUAGCUUGCCAUCAGCCCAAAAGUAAUUGCGUCGAACCACCAACAUCAAACUCAAGAUAAAAACGUGCAACAGGACAAACAAAUCAGCGGCG